UAAAUGAUCAAACUCUUAUUAUUAGGUAUAGCAAUAAGUAAUUCAUUAAAAAUAUCUGAAAAUUUCAGUUGGGCAGAUGUAAAUGGCAAGAACUUCUUAACAUACACAAGAAAUUAGAAUUCUCCUCAAUAUUGUAAUGGAGGUUGGGCAUUUGCAGUAACAGGAGCAUUAAGUGAUAGAAUUAAGAUAAAAAGAAAUGCAGCAUUUCCUGAGAUAAUCUUAUCACCUUAAGUAUUAAUAUCAUGUGAUACAAAAUCAAAUGGUUGUAUUUCUGGUUCUGCAUUAAAUGCAUAUUAAUAUAUAAAAGAAAAUUGGAUACCUGAUGAAACAUGCACAAAUUAUGUAGCAAGAAAAGAAGAAUGUAAUGAGAUGGCUCUAUGCAAGAACUGUAAUGAAGAUAUAGGUUGUUGGGCAUAACCUAAUUAUUACAUAUAUACAAUAUCAUCAUAUGGUACUCUACAUGGAGAAAUAGAAAUAAUGUAAGAAAUUAUUAUGAAUGGACCGUAAAUAAAAUAUUUAAAUUAGUGUAUCUUGUCAAGUUGGUUAGACUAACCAUUAUGUAGAAGUUGUUGGUUGGAGAACUAAUUCAUAAUCUACAUUUUGGAUUGUGAAAAAUACUUUAGGUCCAAAAUAUACAAGUUUAUAUGAUAUUCCUAUAGAUGAAAUAUAAGAUUGCAGUUAUGGUGAAGUAUUAGAUACUUGGACAUAAGGAAUAAGAAAUACUACUAAAUUGAACAAAAAUAAUGAACAGAAAAAAGUUAUCUAACGUACAUCUUAUUAUUUAGAAAUGCUUCAAUUUUUAUAAUUAGAUUAAUUAAUAAUAACACCAAUAAAGAAUUUAAAACAAGAUGUACCAACAUAAUUUGAUUGGAGGAAUGUUGACGGAAUUAAUUAUUUAACAAAUAAUAGAAAUUAACAUAUUCCUGUAUAUUGUGGAUCAUGUUGGGCACAUGCAGUCACUUCUUCACUAUCUGAUAGAAUUAAUAUAAAAUUAGGUAAUAAAUAUCCUGUUGUCAUCCUUUCUGUUUAAUCAAUGUUAAAUUGUAUGUCUGGAGGUAGUUGUGGAGGAGGAUUGGCUUAACCUACAUUUAAACAUGCUAAUUUAAAUGGAAUAACUGAAGAACAUUGUCAUACUUAUGAAGCAAUCAAUGGAAAAAGAGUUAGAUGUUCAGAUGAAGAUUAAUGUCAUCAAUGUAAUGAAGAUGGCUGUGAAUCUAUUAAAAAUGCUAAAAGAUACUAUGUCUCAGAAUUUGGAUAUGUUAAGACUGCUAGGGAUAUGAAAAUAGAAAUCUUUAAUAGGGGUCCUAUUGUUUGUGGAGUUUAUGCUACACAAGAAUUAGAUGAUUAUGAAGGUGGAUAUAUCUUCUCAUAAAAAACUAAGAAGACUAUUAUCAAUCACUUUGUAUCUGUUGUUGGUUGGGGUGUUGAAAAUGGCAUUGAGUAUUGGAUUGUCAGAAAUUCUUGGGGUACAUAUUGGGGUGAUAUGGGAUUUGCUAAAAUUAAAAUGCAUUCAGAUAAUCUACUCCUUGAACAUUAUUGUAGUUGGGGAGUUCCAAAAUUAUGAUCAUUUAAAUAUUCGUG